AUGAACCUAUCAUUGCUGGACCCAUUUGCCGUGGCUAGUGACUUUCCAGAGACGCUGACGGAAACUCUUUCGUAUGGAUAUUCGACAUGUGUAAAAUUCAACAGGAAAGGAGACUAUUUGGCAUCUGGGCUGGCGGAUGGAAACAUUGUAAUAAUAGACGUGGACACCAACAGUGUGAUAUUGAUACUAAGAGGCCAUGUUCGCGCAAUUACCUCUCUUUGUUGGUCUGAAGAUGGAAGAUACUUACUAUCUUCAUCGCGAGACUUUAAAGUUGACUUGUGGGAUCUUAAGCAAGGGUCUGCGAUCAGAACUGUCGUGUUUGACUCCCCAAUAUGGGGAAGCACCAUGUUCCCGGAUGACAUCUUCAAGUUUACGGCGUCGUUAUUUGAAAACGAUGCGGUUAUUGUCGAUAUGAGUGAAAAGGACAACGCCAAGAUUGUAAAAUUGAGCACGAAGCCAGUAAUGGCAAAUAGUGAGGUGAACAGCUCAGGAAGUGAAGAGAGAGAGGGAAGUCACAGGAAAAGACGGCUGAAGAGACACCAGACAUUGGUUUGCACGCUUUCUAAAGACGGAAAAUACAUCAUAACAGGUACAAGUCGAGGGUGGAUUAAUGUGAUUGAUAGAGCAAACGUUAAGACGUUGAGAUCUUUCAAAGUGUGCGAUUCCAACAUUAAGGGCAUCGAGAUAUCUGUCACGGGCAGCCGGAUGAUUGUCAACGCAGGUGAUAAAACACUCAGGCAGUAUUUGGUUGCACCAAACUGGGAAAGUAUUCAGCUGCAGCAGAAAUAUCAGGAUGUGGUGAACAAGAUUCAAUACAACGGAGUAAAGUUUAGCUAUGAUUCGGAAUAUCUAUGUGCGUCAACAUUGGGAUCCACGCACGAUAUAUACAUAUGGGAAGCGAAGAUGGGGUCUUUGGUGAAAAUACUAGAGGGAUCAAAAGAGGAAUUGAUAUCGGUUGAUUGGAAUUACAGAAGAUGCUGCAUAGCUGCCACUGGAAUGGAUUCCGGAACCAUAUACCUGUGGUCUGUGGUAUACCCGCAGAAAUGGUCCAACCUUGCACCUGAUUUUGAGGAAAUCGAGGAGAAUAUCGACUACGAAGAGAAGGAGGAUGAAUUUGACUUGAUAGAUAGUGCCAAAGAGUCGGGGAAAGUGGAUCAACAGGAGCAGUAUGAUGUUGAUGUUGUGACAAAGGACGAGAAAGAUGCUCGGGGCUUUCCGUUUAUUGAUUCGUUUGUGAUCGAGACGAAACUAGAUGAUUUCGAUGCUAUAGGAAGCAUAUAG